AUGCAGAACAAUAUGCUCACACAUCAACAGCUAAUGCAGCAAGCUGCAUUACAAGCUGCGAUGCAGGCACGUACGUUACCGACAACGAUGCAAAACUCAUAUCUGAAUACACCGCCACAUCUGCGCCCCCUUGAGAAUGCCGCCGCUCAGCAACCGCUCCGCCCACUCGACGGUCCACCACAACUUCGACCAAUCGAUGGGCCGCAACAAAUUCGUCAGAUGGAUCGGAACGCUGCCGCGGCGGCAGCGUACGGUAAUGCGGCUGCAGCUGCUCAACAAUACCGAGCACAUGAUCAAGCAAUGGCUCAACAGCUACAAAGGCAAAUACCGCCUCAAAUGCUGCAGAAUCAGGCAUUGCAAAUGCGAAACCAGCAAAUGACAGUUCAAGAAUAUCACAAUCUAUUACGGUUAGCUCAACCUACAGGGUUGCCACAGCGGCGGCAAACGAUCGCUGGAAGCAGCAUGAGCCCUCAGAUGUCCUCCACAGUACCUCGUCUACAACGCACUGCAACCACUAUGGCACCAUCAUUUUCUUCAUCCCUUCAAUUUCCUCACCAGAUGAAUCCAUCGCUAGGGGCUCCGGCCACAUCUCUCGCCAUGCCCAUUCCACUUCAACAACAAAGUCUAUUCGCACAACAAUUGAUGUCAAAUGCUAUGCGUGCAAACACUGCU